AAAAGCUCUUAACAUAAUAAAGAAAAAAGUCUAACCAUGGCCAAGAAACUUUCUUUCUUGUCUCUAGUCAUCUUCUUUGUGAUGCUAGCCAGCCAUGGCCAGAGCAGACACCUAAUAGACUAUCCAAGCUCUUCCAUGGUCUCUGACGGGGUUAAUAGCAGUUUUAACCAUCAGCAGCAGGCAUUUAUUCGUCUGUACAAUUUUUUAUCAGAUAGUAGUUGUGAUGAAACAUAUGGAUUCUUGCCAUGCACUACAACAAUCCUAGGGAACAUUUUUCUUAUUCUUGUUUAUGGUUGUUUAAUGUUCCUGUCUGCCAAGUUGUUAUCUGAUGGAAGUGAGAUUCUUCUGCAAAUUCUUGGUCCUGGCAUCAUUGGUGGUCUUUUGUUACCUGUGUUGAGUUGCCUUCCUGAUGCAGCAAUCAUCCUUGCAUCUGGGCUAUCAGGGAGCAAAGAAACAGCUCAAAGUCAGGUCUCAGUAGGGAUGGGUUUAAUGGCUGGAUCAACUGUUCUGCUUCUGACAUUACUAUGGGGCUCUUGCCUUAUAGUUGGCAAAUGUGACAUUGAGAGUUCUGUAGCUGUAGACUCAAAAGAUACAAAAAUAUUUAGCCUAACUGGAUCUGGAGUGACUACUGAUAUCGGGACUAGCUAUGCUGCGAGGAUUAUGGUUAUAUCUGUUAUCCCAUUCAUAAUAGCCCAGCUGCCCCAAAUUCUGCACAAAACUUCUCAAAGCCACUUAGCAGUUCUGGUUUCCCUCAUUGUUUCUCCUGCUUUAUUAUUUUGUUACAGCCUAUAUCAGAUUCUUCAGCCAUGGAUUCAGAGGAGGAGAAUUGCAUAUGCAAAGCAUAAGAAAAUGAUAUCAGGAAUUCUAAAAGAUCUAAAAAUUCACGCAUUGGGAAGAUUAUUCACAGCUAAUGGUCAACCUAACAAGGAUGUUAUACAGAAGUUAUUCAAUACAAUAGAUAACAAUUCUGAUGGAUAUCUAACAGCAGCGGAAUUGAGGGCACUUAUACUAGGAAUUAGGUUUGAAGAGUUAGAUAUCGACAUUGAUGAUGCAGUUGAUCAAGUAUUGAAAGAUUUUGACACAUCUGGUGACACUCGUGUUGACAUGGAUGAGUUUAUCCAUGGAAUCUCAAGAUGGCUUGAUGAGGCUAAUCAUUCUGCAAAACAUUUCAAUAACCAUAGAAGAGGAACAUCUAAGCUCUUAACUGAUUUUGAUAAGCAAACAGAGAAGGAACAAGCUCCAUCAGGGGAUAAAAAAGAUGAUUCUGCAGAGACUAGUCUUGAAAAUCCUAAAUGGAAUGCUACAAAAGCAGUAAUGAUGUUGCUUCUAGGAACAGUUAUUGCUGCAGUAUUUGCAGACCCUCUAGUAGAUGCUGUUGACAAUUUCUCAACAGCUACAAGCAUUCCAACUUUCUUUGUAGCCUUUGUGAUCUUGCCUUUUGCUAGCUCCAGCGAGGUUGUCUCAGACCUAAUCUUUGCCAGCAGAAAGAAUUCAAGAUCUGCUUCUUUAGCAUAUUCUGAGAUUUAUGGAUCAGUGACAAUGAGUAACGUUCUUUCACUGUCAGUUUUCUUAGGACUUGUCUACUUUCGCGGCUUGACAUGGAAUUUCUCAUCUGAAGUUCUGUUAAUUCUAAUUGUAUGUGUUGUGAUGGGCCUAAUUGCGAGUUUUCGCACUACUUUUCCUGUUUGGAUGUCUCUGGUUGCUUAUGCACUUUACCCUUUCUCUCUAUUACUUGCUUAUGUCCUUAAUUAUGUCCUCGGAUGGUCCUAAAAGGCUAAAGAACUUGCCUUUCUUCAAAAAAACAUCACUACUUCUACUUGUUAGUCUCCUUUGUUGCUUCAUGGAUGCUCAAAAGCUGAAGUCAACAUUCUGUUUUCUACAAAAUGUAAUAGCACUGUCCUUUUUAGUUAGAUCAUUUGUAAGAUUUCAACUA